CUCCGGAGCCGGGAUGUGUCCGGCCGCGAGGGCGCGGCGGACAGCGGGACCCUGACCCAGCGGCCCGGAGUCGAAGCCCAGGCUGUCCCCUACUCCUCGGACCCGAGCCCGCAGUGGACCUCGGGCCACAGGCGCCUCCGCAUGCGGCAGCGCAGUUAGGGAGAUGCUGCAGGAUAAGGGCCUGUCGGAGAGCGAGGAGGCCUUCCGGGCCACGGGCCCAGCGCUCGGCGGCGAGGCCAACACCACCAACGCCGCCAGCGCCCCCGAGCCAGAGCUGGCCGCGCCGGGCCUCAGCGGAGCGGCGCUCGGCAGCCCCCCGGGCCCCGGCGCCGACGUCGCCGCCGUCGCGGAGCAGACCAUCGAGAACAUCAAGGUGGGCCUGCAUGAGAAGGAGCUCUGGAAGAAGUUCCACGAGGCGGGCACCGAGAUGAUCAUCACCAAGGCGGGCAGGAGGAUGUUCCCCAGCUACAAGGUAAAGGUCACAGGCAUGAACCCCAAGACCAAAUACAUCCUGCUGAUUGACAUUGUCCCUGCGGAUGACCACCGCUACAAGUUCUGUGACAACAAAUGGAUGGUGGCAGGGAAGGCUGAGCCCGCAAUGCCAGGAAGGCUCUAUGUCCACCCGGAUUCUCCUGCUACCGGGGCCCACUGGAUGCGGCAGCUGGUCUCCUUCCAGAAGCUGAAGCUGACAAACAAUCACCUGGACCCUUUUGGCCAUAUCAUUCUCAACUCCAUGCACAAGUACCAGCCACGGCUACACAUCGUGAAGGCCGAUGAGAACAAUGCUUUUGGCUCCAAAAACACAGCCUUCUGCACCCACGUGUUCCCAGAGACCUCCUUCAUCUCUGUGACCUCCUACCAGAAUCACAAGAUCACACAACUGAAAAUUGAGAACAACCCUUUCGCCAAGGGAUUCCGGGGCAGUGACGACAGUGACUUGCGUGUGGCCCGGCUGCAGAGCAAAGAAUAUCCCGUGAUCUCCAAAAGCAUCAUGAGGCAGAGGCUAGUCUCCACCCAGCUCUCGGCCAAGCCCGACGUCAGCCCCUUGCAUGGCGCCCACCAAGCACUCCAGCAUUACCAGUACGAGAACGGGGCUCACAUGCAGUUUGCUGCGGCUGAGCCACAGGACCUGCCCCUCAACACCUUCCCAGCCCAGAGGGAUUCAAGCCUCUUCUAUCACUGCCUGAAAAGACGAGCAGACAGUGUCCGCCACCUGGACUUACCCUGCAAGCGACCCUACCUGGAAGCUCCCUCUGCAGUGGGGGAGGAUCACUAUUUCCGUUCUCCCCCUCCCUACGACCAACAGAUGCUGAGCCCCUCCUACUGCAAUGAGGUGACCCCAAGAGAAGCCUGUAUGUACUCAGGUUCGGGGCCCGAGAUUGCCGGGGUGUCUGGGGUGGACGACUUGCCCCCGCCCCCACUGAGCUGUAACAUGUGGACGUCAGUCUCGCCGUACACGAGCUACAGCGUUCAGACCAUGGAGACUGUGCCUUACCAGUCCUUCCCCACGCACUUCACCGCCACCACUAUGAUGCCUCGGCUGCCUGCUCUCUCUGCUCAGAGCUCCCAGCCACCGGGAAACACCCACUUCAGUGUCUACAAUCAGCUCUCACAGUCUCAGGUCCGAGAGCGGGGGCCCACCGCCUCCUUCUCGAGGGAGCGUGGCCUCCCCGCAGUGUGUGAGAGGAAGCCGCCCUCUCCACACCUGAAUGCUGCCAACGAGUUCCUCUACUCUCAAAGCUUCUCCUUGUCCCGGGAAGCUUCCUUACAAUAUCAUUCAGGAAUGGGGACUGUGGAGAACUGGACUGACGGAUGACUCCCAUGUCUCCUGGACAGCCCCAGGACCAUGUUAGUCCAGUAUUAACCUCUUUGGGUGGCCCGCACUACCAAGAAACACAGGAAGGUAUUUUAAAGGGUGGGGUGUGUGCAUGUGUGUGUGUGUGUGUGUGUGUGUGUGCGCGCGUGUGUUUGGAAAGCUUCUGUCUUCUGACAUGCAACUGAGGCCAUGACAAGGAAACAAACAAUUAUCUAAGUAGUGAUUUUGGCUGUAGGACCCAGGUCCAUUGGUAUCUGACACCUCUUGACAUGCUUGUGGGUGGGAUGGGAGUGGCGAGUUCAUGUGAGUUAUUUAGAGAUUUUUAUAAUAUAAUAUUUGAUUUACUCAGGGGCCAGGUGGUGAGGUCUCUCCCACUGGGAAAGUUGGGGGAAGAGUCUCUCGCUGGGGUGGGAGGCUCUAUGUGCAUCUUAGAGUUCCUGGCCUUCUCUUUGAAAGGGGAGCAGAAAACCUUGUUUUGGGAGCUGGAGGCCACUCUUUUGGCUUCUGGAGAUUCUGUGAGACUACCUGAGAGGUGGACUCAGCUAAGCAAAGCGUGCUCUGAGAAUGGAGCUGCCUGCUCAGUGAGUGGCCUGGAAAUUGAUCCCUGGAGCUGUGAGGGCUGACUUUCAGAGAGAGUCAUGUGCUACGUGUCAUCGGAUGGGUAUUAAAAAAAAAAUUUUUUUUUUCCUUCAAGAGGAGGGAAAAUGCAACCAAUAGCAUCACUGUCAUCAUUCAGGUUUUCUGAUAACGUACAAAGCCCUUCCCUCUUGGUCCCCGACAUACAAGCUCUCACUCUCUCUAUUGUGUAAGACUCCGUCUCUCAGGCACCAUCUGUAUCCCACGCCUGCCCUGCAAUUAAGAAACACACUCACCUGGCAACGUCCCCAGGAGACUGUAUUGGAGCUGCUGCCAGGCACCCCAGAGCCUGUUCUGCUCCCAGAAAUUUCUUGUCUCUGGAACGAGAAAGCCCAACAGAAAUAAAAAUGAGAAUUGAGAAAACAUCCAUUUCUUCCAGUAGAUUCAGCCAGGGUGCUCAAGGAGCAAGGAGAAUUCUUCUCCAGUGAGGUGUAUCUCAUAGUCGUCAGCCCAGCUUUUUAGCAUUGAACGUCACCAGACCAUCCAUGGGGCUGGUGUGAACUCUGUAAUCAAAUGUGGGAAAUCACUAAACUCUUUGCAUGCUGAAUAGUUAUUUAUAUAUUAUAUAAAUAAGUAAGUAAGUAAAUAAAUAAAGAAAUAUCUAUCUAUCUAUCUCACGAAUGCAGGCCACAUGUCAAAUUCAAGCUUUGCUUUUUUACAAAGGAAUAAACCUAAUAAAGUGAAACGUUGGAGGGGGUAUUUGGAAAGACAUCUAUUUAAAUUUUAUUACACAUUUGAUGUUAAAAACUAAGAAUGGUUUAGAAAAACAUAUAAAUAAAUAAAUAAAUAUAUAAAUAUAAAUAUAUAUAUAUAUAUAUAUAAACACACACACACUACAGAUUAAACUUUAUUAGAAGACACGGUAGCUAACAGGGGAUGUGGAACUUCAAGUGUUUUGUUAUAUAGCAUGGACGUUUUAUUUUACAUAUCGGAACAUAAAGCCAUUUUACAACUGUGAA